AGGAACUGUUGCAUUACUUCUCAGUGUUGUAAAACUAUAAUAAACAUAAAUAAAAACAGUAGUCUAAAGAAUCCGGAUUAUUACAGAAUAUAAUCUACAAGUCGGAUUAUCUUAAGAGAACAAAAGGCCAUAUGUCUCUCCUCCAAAAGUAACAACAAAGACAAGGGAGAUAACUACAGAUUACAAUGAAAAUCAAGCGAUACAAAAAAGCCCAACGAAUACUGGGUUUUUUCCAAAACAACUUUGAUCUUCGACCUCCAUACAGUGUGUUGCUGGAUGGCACCUUCUGUAGAGCUUCUUUAGAAGUUAAAGUGAAAAUUAAAGAACAGAUUCCAAAAUACCUCGGUGCUCAAACAAAAUUGGUCACAACCCAGUGCAUCAUUUUGGAAGUGGAAAAACUGAGUAAGAUGAGAGCUAAUUUAUAUGGAACAUGGAUGGUGGUAAAGCAGUUUCCUGUCCAUAAAUGUGGUCAUGAGGGUGAUGCAAUUCCAGCUUCAUCAUGUAUAAAGUCUCUUCUUCAGGAGAAAAAUCCAGCUAAGUACAUUAUAGCAACACAAGAUGAUGAUCUCCGUCAACAUAUUCACCACAGUGUGACAGGUGCACCUAUUCUGUAUCUUUAUCAUAGUGCUCCUACACUGGAGAAACCCACAGAUAAAUGUCUUAAGUUGGCUUCAGAAUCAAACAAGUUAUUAACAGAUCAUGAAGAAAAAACUUUGAAAUCUCUCAAGCGUAAAUACAUUGGAGAAGAUGACCAACCACCACCAAAGAAGAAGAAGAAACCCAAGAAUCCAAACCCUUUAUCUUGUAAAAAGAGCAAGAAAACAAAACCACAGCCUCAAAAUGAAGAAGUGAAAAGAAAGAGAAAGAGACACAAGAAAAAGAAACAGCUUGAUGAAGAAGCCUCCACUUCAAGUGGUAAAUAAACAUACCGUAGCUACUUUA